CGGCCGGUCGCCCUGGAGACGGGAGCGAUGGCGGCGGGGGGGACGAAGCGAGACACAAAACCUUUUAAGCCCGAAGAGGCGAGGAAUAUCGUGGAAUCUUUGCAGAAGCCCGCAGUGUUCUGUAACAUGGUUUCAGAUUGGCCAGCACGCCAGUGGGACGUACAGCGUCUUUCAGAGAUCCUCGAUGGAAAACCAAUAGAAUUCAGGAUUGGUCGAAGGAAACUGAACAAAGUGCCUCAGUUCGAAACCCAGUGUGAGUACGUGAAAGCUACUCUGGAGGAGUUUCUAGUCUGGGUUCACGGAGGAUCGAAUGUCCUGCCAGAACAGUUCAGCAAUUUUCCUCGAGCUCAGUACUGGGCUUAUGCUGAUUACAAGUACAUCGCCAGGCUGCUUGAAGAUAAGGCUGAGCUCUUUCAGGACUUAAUGUGGUCUGACUUUGGGUUUCCUGGAAGAGAUGGAAGAGACAGCACAUUGUGGAUUGGAAGUGAAGGAGCAAGCACUCCCUGUCAUCUGGACUGUUAUGGAUGUAACCUUGUGUUACAGGUGCAAGGAAGAAAACGGUGGCAUCUCUUCCCUCCAGAAGACACCUCCUUCCUGUAUCCCACUAGAAUUCCUUACGAAGAGUCGAGCGUGUUUAGCAAAGUUAACGUUGUCAACCCCGACGUCAAGAUGUUCCCUCAGUUUGGUCGCGCCAAGCCCCACAUUGUGACUCUACAUCCAGGACAGGUCCUGUUUGUCCCCAGGCACUGGUGGCACUAUGUCGAAUCUUUGGAUCCUAUCAGCGUCAGCAUGAACUCCUGGAUUGAACUGGCUGAAGACGACGAGGCCAGAGUCAGCGAGGCGUUGACACGCACCGCGGUCUACGCUCUGAAGUCCGCAGAGAAUUUGGCCGACGCUGGCAGCUGGCUCAAUCCCACAGAGGUUAACAUUAUGUCCCACGAAACCAAUCUGCGUUACCUAAACCUUGCAGUUCAGGCUUGCAACUCGAAGCCUUACCUGCCGUUAUCCCCCUCCCCAAAUGAUGGGACCUCACCAGCGAGGCGUUCAUCUUCCAACUCACCCAAGAAAAGGAAACGCGAGUCGAGCAAAGUGUUUCCCGCCUCCGAGCGAGACCCCGUGGGAGAUGAAUCCGCCAUUCCGUUUGGUCCCCACCUCCUUCCGGUUGGUACGGCUCACGCAGGAAGCGGUGGGUCGGGCUGUGUUUCGUGCGACUCUGAGCAGUGCGAGGGACCUCUGGAUGGAGAUGACGUGGAGCUCACCCAUUGUCGGGGAAGGACAGGCCUGAGUAUUGGGUGCGUGGCGGCUGGGUGUGAUGGCAGGUUGUCAAGCGGAGGGGGAGAUGGUGGGAGCGAGGAUGGGCUGACCACCGAUGACUUGCUGGAAUGUUUGGUUCACCCUGACGUUAUUCGGUUAGCGACUCGAAUCCUGCUGGACAGGCAAAGCUCCCGUUAGUCACACCAGCUCGUCCAUGUUUCGUUUGUCUCAACCGAGCUCCCCGUCGGUGCCCUGUUCAGGUGACGUUAAAGAUCUCGCGGCGCUAUUCCAAAAGA